CUCAUUCUGUACAUUGCUAUUUAUGAAUUUACUCUGUCAUAGGGAGUACUGUUUGUCCUGGUUUGCUGGUUCUCUUUUAACGUGUGGAUUGCUUCCAUUCAAGGCUGGAUUGUAGUUCUGUGGGUCGCCAUUUGUUGGAAUAGUGAGUGUUUGUGCCUUUUGUUUUAAAGCUAUAUAAUAACUAUACGCUUUAACAGGAGAAUUUGUGUCAUAGCAUAUAUGUAUCUGCCAUGGUAUGCUUGAGAAAAAUGCAUUUUCUAACAAAAAUAGUAUUUUGAAGGCAGCAAUCGGAUACUAACAUUAAUUUGAAUUAAUAUGGCAAUGCGUUUGUUUGUUUUCUUAAAGUUAAAAAAAGAAAUCUACUUUAUGGUCAGGUCUGUAUCACAGUAAAGUACAGUAUAGUGCCAUGCUUUGUUCUGAUAGAUCUUGAAUCAGCAUGGAAUCUGACGGAUCUCGAGUUAGUAAUGGGUUAACUUUGUUUUUAAAGUGUGUUUAUUUUAUGGUAAAUCCCCUUGGAACUUAUUAUAGAUCUAUGCAUGUGGGGAAAAAAAUAAAUACAAAAGGUCUGAUGCCUUUUCAUCCACAUACCUUUCUGUAAACAAGUUAAUAAUUAUAGAUAUAUAGUUGUUUAUUUCUAUAAUUGUUACAGUAAAAAGUCUCUUAUAGUAGUUGAGUUCUUUUAAUCGCCUACACUAAUCUAUGUGAUUGUGCAAAAGCCUGUUGAACCACAGCUGUGUUUAACCCCAAGUGACAAAUCCUUUAAUUAUGUAGGGUAAUCCAACUACAUAAAGAUCCACAGACAUUAACUCCAUAACGUCACAGUGGGGCAUCAAACAAUCUUCCUUCACCCCUUUAAUUAAUAGAUAGGUCAUUAUUUUUGUGUCAGUGACAUAACAGUCAGUUUCUACCUCUUUUUUUUUUUUUGUUACAAUUUUAUUUAAACUAAUUAAAAUGAGAUUUUAUCAUGUUCAAAGCAUACUUUUUUGUUAAUAUAUGUGCCCUAUUUUGGCAUUUUGAAUAUAAUAUAUGUUAAAACCACAGGUCCAUUUCAAAUCUUUCCUGGUUUAGGGAAUAAUAUUGUAUGGGGUCUAUUUAAUAAACAGUGAACUGUGGUUAAUAGAAACAGGCUGAUCUAGAAACUGAAAUGACUUUUUUUCCAUUUUGGAUUUUUUGGCAAAAUCUUUGCAAUUCCCUGGUGAAUUCCUGACAAUACACGGUUUAGUGAUUAACCCUCUCUGUGCACGCUUUACAAGACUGUGCAGUUAUUAACCUGUACUGUGAAAACAAAAUGCAUCUCCAUUUUGUUAAUAAAAGUGUACGUUUGGGAUUUUAUUUACUAAGCAUUUCAUUUAUGUAAAUAUAAAAAAAAAUAAUCUAAAUUUAGGCCAAACUGAUUUGGAAACAAUAAGUCUCUAUUUAACCUUUCAGUUUUCAGAUCUAAAUAAUUAACUGCUUUGUUAAAAAACAAACAAUUGUGAAUAUUUUAUAUAUUUAGUUUUCUGCCUGACUCCUUUUCAUAUAAUUCAUAUAUCUCUCUUCCUUAAAUCCUUAAAAGAGCACGCUAGCACCAUAACUGUUACAGCUCAUUUUAAUAGUUAUGGUGCUAUGAGUUUAUGGAUGCUAUCCCUUGGUAUUCUGUAAACUGUUUUAGGAGCAGUUUGGGGGAAAAAUAGGACUUUCUUCAGCAUCAAAACUCUCCCACUCUGCAGCCACAUUGAUAAUGUGGAAGCUACGCAUGUGGGGCUUCAUGGAUGCUAGGGACAUUUGCCAAACCACACCAAAACAGUUUAAAAAAAAAAAUGAGGGACAGUGUCUUUAGAUUCAUAUCAACAGGUCACUACAGUCGUGAGUAUAAGUGUUUAGAAGUCAGUUUAAAUGGGUCUAGGCAUACAUCUUUAUAAUGCGAAAAAAAUAAAUAAAUAUUUUAUAUAUAUAUAUAUAUAUAUGUGUGUGUGUAUAUAUAUAUAUAUAUAUAUGUAUAUAUAUAUAUAUAUUCAAAGUGAAUUUGAAAUGUAAGGCAAACAUAACAAAACCGCCAAACAAUUUUUCUAAAUCAGCUAUUUUGGCCAUUUUUUAAAAUUCUCUUUGAAUAUCCGACAUUUCUCAUUUUCGUGAAUAACCCUAAUAAUAAAAAAAUAAAAAAUUAGUAGCACUUUAUUAACUAUAUAUAAUGAAUUGCAUUUUGAAUAUAAUCAAUCCCAUCAAAUUAUAUAUUGUAGAAAAAAAAUGUUUCUUAUUCACUGUUAUUGUAGCAUAUAAAUAUAUGCAAACAUUCUCAGUCAGUUGGUUACAUCUAAGGUAACUGUUUGAGACAUUUUGCAUAAGCCUAAAUAAUCAUAAAACAUUUGCAGGUUUAUUAACUAUAGUGAGCAUUGUCUGGCAUUUAAAGUGAAUUUCAAAUUUAAGGCUAAAGUAGAAAUAUAGCUGACUAGGAUAAUAUUUCCAGUUCAUCAGUUUUAACCUUAAAGAUAUAAUUUACGUUGAAUUCAUAAAAUGUCUCACUUUAGUGACUACCCCUGUUAAUAUUGCCUUUGGUAACAGUGAAUAACCUUUCUAAAAUUGCUUUUGGAGGUUAAGGAGAGCCGAAAAUCCUGGCCUGUUGGUGUGGCCUGGGAUUAAACUGUGUCACUAUAUUAGCAAAAAAAGACAAAUUAUCAGUGUGCGCUUAUAUGUAAAUAUUCCAUAAUGUCCACAACGAAUUUAAAAGGUUAAAAAAAGUCCCCAACUGUGUGACCAACUUUUUUCAUACUCGGUUAUAUAGACUGUGUGAAUGCUGCUGUUUUUUAUCUGUCCCUAACAGAGCCUGACUAAAUUUGAUGGUUGUUAUCUGAGUAUCAUUCUUGGAAUUUGUUAACUGUUCAGCCAACUGUUUCCUUAACAUUAAUAUUUAACCCACGUCAUUCUUUCAUAGGUGAUGUCUGACCCUAUGAUGAUGCCAGUAAUGCACGGUGGACAUCCAAAUUAUAUAAUGGGCAUCAAUCCAAUGCAAGCACCACCUGCUCAUCAACAAAGAACUAUGUCCUCCAACCAGAUGAUGCAUUAUGGAGCUAUCCAUUCGGAUGGGAACUUAAGAACACGCAUGGGGAUGCACCAGCAAAUGCCAUCCCAAAUGAUGUACCCAGGGCAAGCACAAUCAUACAUUGGAACCCAACAGCUCAUGGCAACCAUGCACCUCCAGAAGCUCAACACUCAAUAUCAGGGACAUCCAAUGAUAAACAAUACUGGAUUUACACAUGGGCACCCAAGCUAUAGGAUGGCACCUGGCCACCAUCAGCAUAUGCCCACCCUUAAUGUGAUAGAUACAGAUUUGGUGGACGAGGAUGUGUUGACAUCAUUGGUGGUGGAAUUGGGUUUGGACCGGAUUGAGGAGCUCCCUGAGCUUUAUCUAGGUCACAAUGAAGUUGAGUUCAUCUUGGAUUUUGUAGGCAAACAGCAGACCAAUACAAUGCCUUGCUGAAAGAUUUAUUUACAGGACACAGUUGCACACCUGACCUUCAGUUGCACUAUUUGGCUUGAGGUAGCCACAGGCCUAGUUCGUCCCUCUUACAUUCCUUGUUGAAAUUACAAGGUGCCAUGAUGCCACUAGGUGAUUGCCGGCAUGACUAACUGUUUGGUAUAAAGCAAUGAAGAAGCAACCUAGAUCCUUUAAAUUAGGGGGAAAGAUCUCUAUGAAGAAAGCUUGAAAAAAUAUGUCACAAAUGUCCGUGUUCUUCAUUGAAGGAUUUAUCUUAGGGGAUGUUUGGGAUACACAAAAGGUAGAUGAUGUUAUUAAGACUCAUGGCUCAGGGAACCUUGUAAUGGUAUAUAGAAAGGCCAGUGGAUUUAAAGAAGAAAAGUUUAAAGAGUAUUGAAGUAGAACCUCAACCUGCUUUUGGCAGUCCUGACACUAUCUAAUUUAAACUUAUGGCAAAAAAGCUACGAAAAUGCUAUAUUAAUACGUUUCUAAACAGAGAGCCUAUCUUUCCAAAUUGGCUUCUGUUGUUUCCUAAAUACAACCUGAAUGUAUUUUUUAAUGAUUAUUUGUAAGAACAAAACAAAUAAAAACUGUAACAAGAUGUCUCUUUUACUAUGACAUGCUGUUUUUGACAAUUACAUGAAUGAGGAGAAGUUGUAUUAAAUUAGUAAUUACCAUUACCACCGCGACUAUUUACUGUAUAAAAUGUAGUUUUAAAAAACCAUGUUCCUUAUACAAGUUAUCUCUUCCUGUAAAAAACAUAAAACUGUUGUAAUGUUGAUAACUCAUUGC